AUGGGUCCAAGCAAUAAUGUUGACUAUGGAAUGCCAGUUACAUGGGAAUCACCUCAGAGCGAAAGGAAAAUGAAAGGAGCAAUGAUGAGCAAAAUUGCUAGAAACAUAAGAAAACAGGCCAGACAGAGAACUAGAAGCUCAACUUCUAGGGUUUCUUCUUCAAUCUUGGAACAGGCAAGCAAGGUUGAUUUACUUAAAAGCAUGGAGGAGAUUGUUCAUAAGAAUGAAAUUCAUAGUAGAAUCCCCAAUAUUCUUCACUCUCUUGAUGGGAAGAGACUCAAAAAAUUGUUGACGAAGAAGUUGAAAACCAGUGAUGUUGGCUUUGUGGGUCGCAUUGUCCUUCCAAAGAAGGAAGCUGAGAAGAACCUUCCGGCUCUUUCCAACAAGGAAGGCAUUGAAGUAUUACUUAAGGAUGAGCAAGCACCAGAAGUUUCUGACUAUAAGCAGCUCUUAUCAAACAAGGAGGAAGAAAAACAUGACAACUCAAACAACAAUAACUACAUUGAAAUGCCAUACCAACAAAAGAAAGACGAUGAUGAAGAGGAAACAUGUUUGGGAGAGUUAAUCGAUGAGCUAUUCAACCAAAAGGACGAAGAAUCUUCAAACAAGCUCUCAACCAUGUACAACGUCGAAGGCUCAUCAUCAAAUACUGAAGAAGUUCUGUACAAUGGUAAUGCAUCACAAGAGGUAUCACCCAAUGGAACAGUGGCCCCCACAUUAUCCUCUUCCUUCCAGGAUGACUUGGACGAUUUCUUUGAAGGACUUGACAUGUCACAAUUCGGGUGUAAUGACUUUGUUCUAGAUGAGCAACAAUUUGUAGAUGCAUGA